AUGUGCUCCGGGGCCCUGGCCCUCCUGCUGCCCCUCUGGCUCUGCUGGGCCCUGGGGACGCGCGGCUCCGAGCCCCUCAGCGUGAACGACCCGGGGAACAUGUCCUUCGUGAAGGAGACGGUGGACAAGCUGCUGAAAGGCUACGACAUCCGCCUGAGACCCGACUUCGGGGGGCCCCCGGUCUGCGUGGGGAUGAACAUCGACAUCGCCAGCAUCGACAUGGUGUCCGAAGUCAACAUGGAUUACACCCUGACCAUGUAUUUCCAACAGUACUGGAGAGACAAAAGGCUCGCCUAUUCCGGGAUCCCGCUCAACCUCACGCUGGACAACCGCGUGGCGGACCAGCUGUGGGUGCCGGACACCUAUUUCCUGAACGACAAGAAGUCCUUCGUGCACGGGGUGACGGUGAAGAACCGCAUGAUCCGUCUGCACCCUGACGGGACGGUGCUGUACGGGCUCAGAAUCACCACGACCGCGGCGUGCAUGAUGGACCUGAGGCGGUACCCCUUGGACGAGCAGAACUGCACCCUGGAGAUUGAAAGCUACGGCUACACCACGGACGACAUCGAGUUCUACUGGCGCGGAGGCGAUAAGGCGGUGACGGGCGUGGAGAGGAUCGAGCUCCCGCAGUUCUCCAUCGUGGAGCACCGGCUCGUGUCCAGGAACGUCGUGUUCGCCACAGGCGCCUACCCGCGGCUCUCCCUGAGUUUCCGGCUGAAGAGGAACAUCGGGUACUUCAUCCUGCAGACGUACAUGCCCUCCAUCCUCAUCACCAUCCUCUCCUGGGUGUCCUUCUGGAUCAACUACGACGCCUCCGCCGCCAGAGUGGCCCUGGGCAUCACGACCGUCCUGACCAUGACCACCAUCAACACGCACCUCCGGGAGACGCUGCCCAAGAUCCCCUACGUCAAAGCCAUCGACAUGUACCUCAUGGGCUGCUUCGUCUUCGUGUUCCUGGCCCUGCUGGAGUACGCCUUCGUCAACUACAUCUUCUUCGGCCGGGGCCCGCAGCGCCAGAAGAAGCUGGCCGAGAGGACGGCCAAGGCCAAGCACGACCGGGCCAAGAGCGAGAGCAGCCGGGUGGACGCCCACGGGAACAUCCUGCUCACGUCCCUGGAGGUCCACAACGAGAUGAACGAGGUGGCGGGCGGCCUCGGGGACGGCCGGAACUCCGCCCUCUCCUUCGACAGCUCAGGGAUCCAGUACCGGAAGCAGAGCGCGCCCCGGGAGGCGCCCGGGCGGCACCUGGGGGACCGGGGCGCGCCCCACAAGAAGACGCACCUGCGCCGGCGGUCCUCGCAGCUCAAGAUCAAGAUCCCCGACCUGACCGACGUGAACGCCAUCGACCGGUGGUCCCGCAUCGUGUUCCCCUUCACCUUCUCGCUCUUCAACCUGGUCUACUGGCUGUACUACGUCAACUGAGCCCGGCCGGCUGCGCUUCCUCUCCUCAGAGACGUCACGUCAGCACUGAGUGGACUAGUCCUCUGCCUGUCGAGUUUUUUCUACCUGCUCACACGCACACGCACACACACACACACACACACACACAGAGAUAAC